UUGUGACACUACGCUACAGUGCUCAAACUCGUUAUAUUUGCUUCAGGUACGACAAUAAAGGGGACCCGUCACAAACAAACCGCAUCGUCCUGUUUUAUUCCAUCUAAGACAUCUAAAAACGGCAGAGAAGUUUAUACUUUUUUUCACGCCCCGUAUGUUCUGGUAGCCCACAGUGUAUGAAUGACCUCACAGAUUUGGAUCUCAAUCAAGAGACGCAGCGCCUCCCCUCCGUUUUGUGGGGUUGAAACAGCGACGUGGAGGAACACAAUAACUAACAAAAAGCAACACAUUAUGCUAAACUAGACUCAAGAGAUUUACACUGUUAAGCUAUUAUAGCAAGGAACGAGGUACGAUACUGCUGACAUUAACUGACAUUCUCAGAAAUCUGAACCGGAAGUCUAGAGAUGAAAAUGGGCCUGUUAGUUGAGGAAGAUUUUGGGCUCAAAUUAACACCACUGGUGGUUAUAGAAUUAGACAAGAACGCCAAUGAAGAAGCCAUAAAAUGGUUGGUGAAGAGGAUAAGGGACAAAAAGGAGCAUGGAGGGGCAGAGCUGAUGAUUGAGCCUUUCCUGAUGAGCAGUUCUGAUGAAAACCACAACUUGUUCCUUGUGGGAGCCUCCACUAGACGACUGUUACUAGCAGCGGAGGAAAUUGGAAUUGUGAAGGAAUGUGAAGAUGGAUCAAUGAGGGCAUUUACUUGCAGUAACAGGAACAUGUUUAAAGAUUUCAAAGAUGGCGGUGACAGUUUCUUCAGUAUGGCAGAGUGUCAGUACAUUAUUAAACUCCAGUUGGAUAGCCUACGGGCAAUAAAUGAAAGAAUUAUACCUGGCUAUCCUCAAGUAAAGCUGUAUCCUGGAAAGUCGAUCUUGCGUAGGUUGAUGUCAAAGGGGAUCUUGGUUCAGUACUUCCCCCUUCAUGAUAAAGAAGAGCUGAAAAAACUCUCAUACUCAUGGUACAGCAAAUUCCAGCUUUCCUAUCAGCCUCUUGAUGACAUCCGUCACUACUUCGGAGAGGCAAUUUCCCUGUACUUCGGAUUCUUGGAGUAUUUAACAUUUGCCUUGAUCCCCAUGGCCUUAAUAGGAAUUCCUUACUAUUUGUUUGCCUGGGAAGAUUUUGAGAAAUACACAUUAUUCGCCACGUUCAACCUGGUGUGGUCUACAGUGCUUCUGGAAGUGUGGAAGCGGUGCUGUGCCUCGCUGGCAUACAGGUGGGGUACCCUCAUUAGGAAGAAAGAGUUUGAGGAGCCGCGGCCGGGCUUCCAUGGUGUUUUGGGAAUAAACCCGGUGACCGGGAGAGAGGAGCCUGUCUACUCCAGCUUCAAGAGGCAGCUGCGGAUCUAUCUGGUCUCUGUGCCCUUUGUCCUGCUGUGCCUUUACUUCUCGCUCUACAUCAUGAUGAUAUACUUCGACAUGGAGAACUGGGCCCUGGGCUAUCACGAAGAGGAGCAGUCUGUCUGGAGCAGCCUGGUGCUGUUUUUGCCCAGCAUCAUCUACGCCAUCGUCAUUGAGGUCUUGAACAGGAUAUACCGCUAUGCCGCAGAGUUUUUGACUGGGUGGGAAAACCAUAGAUUGGAAUCAUCAUACCAGAAUCAUUUAGUUCUGAAGGUCUUGGUGUUCAACUUUCUGAACUGUUUCGCUUCCCUUUUCUACAUUGCCUUUGUGCUUUACGACAUGAAACUUUUAAGACAGAGCCUUGCCACUCUUCUGAUUACAUCACAAAUCCUAAACCAAAUUGUAGAGGCCUUUCUCCCUUACUGGCUUCAAAAGAGGCGCAACAAGAAGGUACACAAGAAGCUGGGGCGUACCAGUAUGGACAAGGAACUACCUUGGGCUGAGCAAGUGAAGCUGGAAGCAGAUAUGGACACCUAUUUAGGUACCUUUGAUGAUUACUUGGAGCUGUUCCUGCAGUUUGGAUAUGUCAGCCUCUUCUCGUGUGUCUUUCCACUAGCAGCGGUUCUGGCAGUACUGAACAAUGUCACGGAAAUCUAUUCGGAUGCCUUGAAAAUGUGCCAGGUCUUCAAAAGACCAUUUUCCCAGCCUGCAGCCAAUAUUGGAGUAUGGCAGCUGGCGUUUGAAACUAUGAGUGUGAUUUCAGUCGUCACCAACUGUGCGCUGCUUGGUAUGUCUCCCCAAGUGAAGUCAUUAUUUCAGGAGUCUGAUACAAACCUCAUAUUACUUGUGCUGGCAGUUGAGCAUAUUCUCCUGGCUUUCAAGUUCAUCUUGAUGUUUGUUAUUCCUGAUGUGCCGAAAGAUAUCCGCACUCAGCUGGCUAAGCUGGAGUUUGAAUCCUUGGAGGCUCUUAAACAACAGCAAACCCAACGAGCCGCUGAGUCCUUGAAGGAAGACAGGGAGUUCAAACUGAAAGCAUUUUAGACACCAAAGAUUCGGAAGCUGUUUCCAUGAGCAAAAAACAGGACAUAAAUAUAUAAUGUUUACACUCUUUUCACUGCAAGGAAUGGUUAUUUAUUUAGGUGCCUUUGUCUCUUUCCGUGUUCCAUAAUCUAUUCCAUAAUGAUUUCCAAAUGGCAGCAUUGGCUUAUUUUUUCUUCUGUAAUAUGUGAUUGGUGUAGGUUUAAACUUUAAAUAGUGAUUUAAAUGCCUGGUGUUGGGAUUGGGAAAGUGUACAACCAGAUAUAGACUGUGUUAAUUGAUGGAUGGUUUGCUUUGUAUAGUUCUUCUACAAGCUCUGAUGUGAAGAUGGUUCUGUAUAAUCUUUUCUCUUUGAAAAGUGUCUGAAGAUACUGUUGGCCUGAACUUAUUAGGAGUCUGGACAGAAGAGACAUGGAUAAGAGGGCUGUUAUCUCUUUAGCUAGCAUUGUAUUUUCAGACAUGAUUCAAAGUAAAAAAAAAAAAUUUAAAAAAUUGUUAGACAUUAAACCAAGCAAGGGGGCAGUGAAAAAAUAUUCAGGUAAGGAAUGGAAAAUACAUUUUUAAUGUUAUUGCACCUUUAACUUUCAGAAAACUAAAGUAGUGCUACAGAACUAUGAAAAAGAGGUAAAUCUGGCUUUACUACGCCAAUUACAAAAUUGACUUACAAAUGCAAUAUAAGAAUCAUAAAAAUAAUUCUAUCCAAAUAUUAUAGUACCAUUUUUUUUAUAUCCACCAAAACCCAAAAUACAAUACCUAGUUUUACCUACAAUGUGUUGAUAUGGCUGUCAUAAUCUUAUGUUAAUGCAUGUUUAAAGUCAAACCAAUACAUGUAUAUUGGCUUUAUAUAAUCGGCUUUUUAACUGUGUGUAACAUUUCCUGAAAUGGAUUGGUGUUUAUUGUACAGCUUACAGUAGCUUAUAGAUGCAUCAUAUAUUAAAAGGUAUGCUUUUAUUUCA